AUGGCAGGAAGUUUUGGACCAAAUAGCCAUGUUGGUACCUUAUCAACAAAUAUCAGCAUCCCACAACAACAAGACCAUCGAAGGAGACAAUCAAUUCUGCUAUUAUCUGAGUCUAUUGUUAGCAGAAGGUCUUCGAAGAUUUCUAGAGAUGUAGGUCUCGCUUUAAAACUCGACAGUACCGGACAAAGUCCCAGGCCGGGGAGUAGUAUGGAAUCAAGAGUCCUUAUUGAUGCAGGGUCCCCAAACUUUAGGACCAGAAAACGAGACCAACAAGAGGAGAUCAUUAAUAGUCUGCGUGCUAACUAUCUAAAUGACUACAUGCUACCACGGAAAGUAGAAACCGGCUCCACAAGCUCAGAUCAUCCAGCGCAAGGUGAAGAAAGUCCCCUCAUCGAUACUAUAGAUUCACAGGAAACUCCUGAAAUUCCAGAACGGGACCUAAAUCUGGAAAGCCAAGGCGGCCACAUCACUCGAGAGCUUUACCGUAUGACUUCAGCGAGUAAAACUCUGAAAAAAACGCUUUCUGCAAGUGAUCUCGAUAUCAAUGAUCAGGAUUCAAGGCCUGGAACCACCGCUAGUGCUCUAAAUGUGCCAGGUGGAUUCCGUCGUGAGUUUAUUGUUCAGCAACACAAAAAUUGCAAGGAUAGCAAGCCGUCGAUUGGAAGCGAGAACGGAACUUAUCUUUCAGACGACAUUGAAUCUCAAGGAACUGAUCCCAAUAAUAUGGACAAAGUUCCUUUUCUCACAAGAAAUUUUCUGGAGUUUCUCUACGUGUACGGUCACUUUGCCGGUGAAACGUUUAAAGAUGACUUGUAUCCAGACGAUAAGUCUGGUCCUCUUGAUAUAGAUGAACGAAGCCCCUUGUUGGUAAGAGGAGAAAACGAAGCUUCUCCCAAGAGGCUUGCCCCAGAAUCUACGAAAGGAACAACGUCUACUGCAAAAGCAUUUCUUCUCAUGAUAAAGUCCUUCAUCGGAACGGGUGUUUUGUUCCUCCCAGCGGCAUUUGCAAACGGCGGCUUGAUAUUUUCUGCGGUAAUGCUGACGUUUUUUGGGUGCUACUCAUUUUGGUGCUAUUACAUUUUGAUCCAAUCCAAAGUGGCUGCCAGAGUUGCAUCUUUCGGUGACAUCGGACAAUCUUUAUAUGGCCCGUGGAUGAAGUUUAUCAUUCUUCUGUCCUUGGUGUUAACCCAACUUGGUUUUUCGGGUGCUUAUAUCAUAUUCACAGCCAAAAAUUUGUUGUCAUUCAUUGACAGCGUAUUCCAUUGGCCGCAGGUCACCAUCUUACAUUUGCUGAUGCUUCAGCUGAUAAUAUUUGUGCCUCUGUCAUUCAUCAGAAGCAUAUCCAAAUUAUCACUGCCGUCUUUGGCGGCCAAUUUUUUUGUCAUGGGAGGGAUUUUGAUUGUCAUAGGACUGACCGGUAAGCAUCUCUUCGUCGAUCUCGGUUGCAAACCUGCGGACGGCAUUACUAUGAUAUUUGAUCCCAAUCGGUGGACGCUUUUCGCGGGAACCGCCAUUUUUGCCUUUGAAGGGAUCGGACUAAUCAUUCCUGUGCAGAGUUCGAUGAAGCAUCCUGAAAAGUUCCCUAUGGUUUUGGGUUCGGUAAUUAUCACCGCGACGGUUCUUUUCUUGACGGUUGCGACUUUGGGGUACCUCAGUUACGGCAAAGACAUCCAAACUGUUAUCUUGCUAAAUUUGCCUCAAGACAGCAUUUUGGUGAACUUGAUUCAAUUUUUCUACUGUUUAGCGAUAAUGCUAUCCACGCCUUUACAGCUAUUUCCGGCAUUCGCAAUUGUGGAGAGCAAAGUAUUCCCCAAAUUCACCAAGAUCUACGUCAGAAAUAAUGACCGGACAAAUGUUCAGUACAAACAGAACUCGGGUAAGCUUGAUUGGCGUGUAAAGUGGCUGAAAAACUCAGUGCGAUCAAUUAUUGUAGCGGCCACUAUAAUGGCCGCUUACUGCGGCGCUGACAAUCUUGAUCAAUUUGUCUCAAUUGUCGGAUCGUUUGCAUGCAUUCCACUGGUCUAUAUCUACCCACCGCUUCUCCACCUAAGAAGCUGCAGCAAACCCAAAUGCCAAAAUGCCAAGAGAUUCUGGCAAAAGUGGCCAGUUUUGCUUGACUACACUCUAAUCGUGUUUGGACUCGUUGGUAUGAUAUAUACGUCGUACCAGAGCAUCAUGACAUGA